GGUCCAUCUGAGUGCCUGGUGCUGGUGCAGCAGCGUGUAGCGGAGAUCCAAACCAGCAUGAGCACCUCACAGACUCAGCUGCAGCACAGACUGGACACACACUCCCAGCUACAGUGGCGUAUGAGUGAGCUGCAUGCCUCCAUCCACACUAACCUCUCAGAUCCACAACUCCCCCCCAACAACCUGCAAGACCUUCAGCACCAUCUACAGGUGGUUGCCGAGAGACAGCAGCAGCAUCAGCAGCAAGAGAUGCUCUUAGCCACCUUACGGAAGGAGGCAGAGCCAGAACAACUGCCCUCCAGCCUAUCACAGCAAGCCGUGCAGCUAGAGGCGGUGCUGGAGAGUGUGUGGUGGUCUCUGCAGCAGAGCAGCGCAGGUGUGUGUGUCUCUGUGGAGCAGCAGCGUCUCCUCACACGACUCCUCCAGGGGCUCCGGAACCUUCUAGCGCUGGCCUCCCAACGCCUCACACACACACCUCGCCUGGACACACACACGCCAGCCCAGCUGCAGGAGCAUAUCAACACACAGGAGAAGCUCUUCCUGUCUGUCAGCGCACACCUGCGGAUGCUGCAGCACCUCUCUGAGUGCAUGAGCGCCAGCGCCCCCUCUGGUUGGGAGGGAGAAGUGCAGGCGCUGGAGCAGGAGGUGCAUGAGGCCCAGCAGGGGGCGCUAGAGAGACGCAUCCACCUGCACAGGAUCCUACAGAUUUGGACUCAGUGGGAACACAGCCGCUGCUGGCUGGAGAGUCGUCUGACACAGCUGGAAAAGCAGCUUCCCAUAAUGCAUCUGGAGGAAGAGGAAGAGACAGAGGAGGAGCUACAAGAACGUACAUCUAUCUAUGAGAACCUGCAGGCGGAGCUUCAGCAGUGCCACGCCCACAGCCAGGUGAUCACUGAGCAUGCUCAGAGACUGCACCAGGAGGGCGGGGCCUCGGACACUGUGGGUGGAGCCACACGGCGGCUAGAGCUGCGAUUGGCUGCAUUACAGCAGAAGGUGAACCAUGGGAUACAUGUGGGGACCACCACCAGGAAGAUCUUGAGCAGGUUCCGUGGUGAGUCUGCGGAGCUGGCUAGAUGGAUGGGCGGGGCCAAAGAGCGUAUUGACGCCUGUCGAAGUCACAUGACCUUCGACGAGCAGGACCCAGGACACGCCCUCCUCCUUCUGCAACAGUAUCAGGAGUUCUCCCGUGAGCUGGAGCUUCACUCUGCCCUCAAAGCCUCAGUACUCAGCGCAGGCACCCAGCUGACAACACUCCGGGAGCGCCAGUACACACACACCUCUGACCACACACACACACACACACACACAGCCACAGCGGAGGACACACACACACAGUGUAAUGGUGACAAGUCUGCUGAUGAAGACAGCGCCUGCCUCACACACACUCCACACACACACACACACACACACUCGGAGGCCGGGGCCGCUCUGUCCGGCCUGCAGGAGCAGCUGGAUCAGCUGGAGCAGAACUGGACCGAGCUGCUGUCAGAGAUGCCUGCACUUCAGGAGAACGUCCAGCAGGUGCUGCUGGAGGAUGUCGCCCCCCAGGGGCUGCUGGUGGAGUUGCGUGCCCAGCUAGAGGAGUCUGAGCUCAGCCUGCAGCAGCACAGCAGCGGCCUCCUCUCCAGCCCCCGCACCUCCUCUCACCUCACGCCCCUACUCCACAGCCUCAAGGCUCUCCAGGCGUGUGUGUGUGUGCAGCAGUUCUCUGUGGAGCUCCUGAACCAGGCUGUGCUGCACAUGGACUGCUCAGACACACACUUCCGAUACACACACACUCAGUUUGCAGAGGAGCUGGGAGACCUCAACAACCGCUGGGCCCUACUAAAGACCACACUCAACUCACAGGUGCAGCAGGUGGAGCAGGUGCUCGGUGAGUGUUCUGAGCGAGAGGCCAAGCUGCACGUCCUGCUGCGCUGGGUCAAAGGUCAACAAGACUGGCUACGAUUGGCCGAGAAGCCCAGCUGUCGCUCCGCCGCCGAGAGGAACCUCAAGGAGUGUGAGGUGUUAGAGGAGCGUGCUAAGCAGAGGUGUGUUGAGCUGCAGGAUGUGAGGAUGAAGAGUGUGUGUGAGGACCACACCGACAUGGACAGCCUCACACACAGCUGUGCUGCUCUCAUUCAACAGUGUGUGUGUGUGAGGGGCUCCCUGCAGCAGAUGUUGGUCCAGUGGGCAGCCUAUGCCACGGGCCUGGAGACGGUGACGCGACACACACUCGAGAUCACACACACCCUUCAGCUCUGCUCCUGCCCGCCUCUCUCGCUGACCACACUCCAGGCCAACACUGAUAGGCUGCAGCUCUCAGAAAAGGCAUGUGAGGAGAUCGACCAGAAAUGGGCGGAGCUUGAGCAGACUGGCUCUGCACUUGUGGGCGUGGUCAAUGCAGACACCGCCCACUCCCUGGCAGAACGGCUGAAGAUGGAGAAAACACAGUGGUGUGAAGUGAAGCGGAGGCUGUCAGCUGAUGUCCGUCGGAGUGUGUGUGUGAUGGAAGCGUGGCGUCGUUAUGUGUGUGUGUCAGAGCCCUGUGCUACACGCCUACAGCUGUACCGAGACCAGCUGAGCUCUCUCACACACCACCAUCUCACCACUCAACACACACCGCCGGACCUUACUGACCACAUACACACCACUCAGACCCUCCAGGAGAAUUUAGACCACCUCCAGGAUGAUCUGCAGGAGGAGAUCGAGGCCACCAAGGCUCUGAUUGGACAGCUGGAUCCUUCAUCUGCCGCCUUCAUCCAAUCACAGAGCCGUUUACUGUCUCGUGGCGUCUUGCAGCUGACACAAGCCCUAUCAGUAAAGAGAGGAGAGCUGCAGGAGGACUUGAAGCAGCUGCAGGAGUUUGACGGUUUGUUUUCAACUCUAGAGAAACAUCUGGACGACUGGCAAAGGACAGAGAACAUCUCAGAGCCACAGCUUACUGAUGUAGCAGAGUCUGGGCUGCUGGACCUGAGUGCCCUUUCUCCGGACUUGGAUUGGCUGAAUGACCUCAGCUACACCCGCCCUCUGAGUGAGUCCACCAAUCAGAGGCUUCAGAACCUGAACAGGAAGUGGGCAGCAGCCUCUGCUCGUGCUCUGGAGAGAUGCAGUGAGCUGCAGGCGGAGUGUCUGCAGCAGCAGGGCUUUGAGCAGCGCUGUGAGAGCUGGAUGAGUUUCCUGCAGCGCAUGGAGGACAACCUAGCAGUGGAGCUACCGCUCAACUACACACACCUCAGGGAACAGCUACACACACACCAGCGGUUCCAGGCUGAGUUGUCUCUUGGUCAUCAGAUUCUGCACUCUGUGAUUCAUGAAGCACUGCGCCUGUUAGAGAGGGGGGAGGUGGAGGACAGGACGGACUUCCUGCUGAAGCUGGCGCAGCUGCGUGAGCACUGGGGGGGGGCGGUGCAGCGCUGUGCUCAGCGGCGCGCCCUGGUGGACGGUCUGGUGCAGCACUGGCACCUCUACACACACGGCCUCCGCAAGCUGCACAAGCUCCUCCCACUCCGCCACAUGCUCCUCCCACCCACGGGCCCCUCCCACUGCAGCGUGGCACAGCUACGACUCGCCCUGCAGAACCUGAAGCGUAUGGAGCAGUUGUUCCAGCGGUUCCAGAGUUCGUACCUGCAGACACUGGAGGUGGGCCGGCAGCUGUUCUGUGUGUGUGACGCGCAGACGCAGACGCGGCUGCAGACGGAGCUGUCCGCGCUGCAGGAGCCCUGGGAGCAGGCGCACGGCAUGCUGGGAAAGAGGAGGAGCCUCACCGCUGACAUCAUCAAGAGCUGGGAGAGCUGUGAGACCCAGCUAGCCGAUAGCGCACAGGAGCUGGAGGACAUGAAGGUCAGGCUGAAGCAGCCGAUGCCAGAGCACUUGGAUGAGAUGCAGGAGGCAGAGCAGUUUGUGAAGGAGGUGGAGGACUCCCUGGGCCAGUGGGCUCUGCGUCUGGGCCAGCUGAGCAGUAUGAAGACGGACUUGUCCCAGUACAUCAUCACCGACGACGUGCUGCUGCUGCAGGAGCAGGUGGACCAUCUGCACGGACAAUGGGAGGAGCUGUGCCUCAAAGUGUCUCUGCGUAAGCAGGAGAUCGCGGACCGUCUGAACGCGUGGAUCAUCUUUAACGAGAAGAACAAGGAGCUGUGUGAGUGGCUCACGCAGAUGGAGAAUAAGGUGGCUCACAGCGCAGAACUCAGCAUCGAGGACAUGGUGGAGAAACUCAAGAAGGACUGCAUGGAGGAGAUCAACCUGUUCAGUGAGAACAAGACGCAUCUGAAGCAGCUGGGGGAGCAGCUGAUCAGCGCCAGCAACAAGACCAAGGAGGCCGACAUCAACGACAAGCUCAAGGACAUCAACGACCGCUGGCAACACCUGUUUGACCACAUCGAGUCCAGGGUGAGGAAGCUGAAGGAGACGCUGGUGACGGUGCAGCAGCUGGAUAAGAACAUGAGUAAUCUGCGGACGUGGCUCUCGCGCAUCGAGGCCGAGCUGGCCAAGCCUGUGGUCUACAGCGUGUGUCACAACGACGAGAUCCAACGCAAGCUCGCCGAGCAGCAGGACCUGCAGCGGGACAUUGAGCAGCACACGGAGGGCGUGGCGUCGGUGCUGACGCUGUGUGACGUCCUGCUGCAGGAUGCGGACGCGUGCGGGACGGACCUGGAGAACGACUCCAUCAAGCAGACCACGCACAGCCUGGACCGCCGCUGGAGGAACAUCUGCGCCAUGUCCAUGGAGCGCAGGAUGAGGAUCGAGGAGACGUGGCGUCUGUGGUGCAAGUUCCUGGACGACUACUCUCGCUUCGAGGACUGGCUGAGGGCGGCCGAACGCACCGCGGCUAACCCCGCCACCACCGACACACUCUACACCAGCGCCAAGGAGGAGCUCAAGAAGUUUGAGGCGUUCCAGAGGCAGGUGCAUGAGCGCCUGACCCAGCUGGAGCUGGUGAAUAAGCAGUACCGCCGCUUGGCCCGGGAGAACCGCACCGACGCCGCCAGCAAGCUCAAGGUCAUGGUGCACGAGGGGAACCAGCGCUGGGACAGCCUACAGCGACGUGUUACUGCUGUCCUGCGCAGACUCAAGUACUUCACGUCUCAGCGGGAGGAGUUUGAGGGGACGCGUGAGAGCAUCCUGGUGUGGCUCACUGAGAUGGACCUGCAGCUGACCAACGUAGAGCACUUCUCCGAGAGCGACAUCCACGACAAGAUGCGACAACUCAACGCGUUCCAGCAGGAGAUCACGCUCAACACCAAUAAGAUCGACGCGCUGAUCGUGUUCGGCGAGACGUUGAUCCAACGUAGCGCCCCGCUAGACGCCGUGCUGAUCGAGGACGAGCUGGAGGAACUCCACUCCUACUGCCAGGAGGUGUUCGGACGCGUCGCCCGCUUCCACCAGAGACUGACCACCAGACGACCGGUGCUGGAGGAGGAGGCGGAGGGGUCUGACCAGGACUCGGAGCUGGAGGAGGGGGAGCUGGGGGGGGAGCUGGGGGGGUCGUGGGACGAGAAGGACGAGGACGAGAGCCAGCCGGGGGAGGGGGAGGGGCCUAUCCUGGCGGCCGCGCGGCAGGUGUGCCAUCACCUGUUGGCUCCGCCCCUGGAGCAGUCUGGCCGAGAGACGCCGGUCAGCGUGGACUCCAUUCCGCUGGAGUGGGACCACACCGUGGACGUGGGCGGAGCCUCAUCACACGAGGAGGAGGAGGAGGAGGGGACCUACUACAGCGCCCUCUCAGAGGUGGAGGUGACGGAGAGCUCAGAGGCGUUCCAGAGAGCUACAGCCAGAGCUCUGGGCACUAGGCCUGUGGGUAAAGCAGAGGUCACAUGGCAUCAUUCUCCAGACCCUCACCAGAGGAAGAGACACCCACAUACACACCCACACACACACUCACACACACACUCACACACACACGCCAUCCACAGUCUGGGCUCGUCUCCAACACACACCAGCACGCCCUUCCACACGCCUGGCUAUGUACGUCUCAUGUCUGAGUGCAGUGGUACUAUUGAUCGGGUGAAGCGGGUGGAGUUGCUCUUAAGCGAUGAGGAGCUGAUGGAGCCUGGCCUCAAAGCAGUCAGUUCACCAGAGAAACAGCCAGGUGUGAUUGAGCGCUGGGAGCUGCAGCAGGCGCGUGGAGCUUCGUGUGAGCACCAGCAGGGGGCGCCGGAGCAGUGGGGGCUCCUCCAGCAGCAGCUCUCCUCUCUGGGCACGUGGCUCAGCGCCACCCUGCCCCUCCUCCAGACCUCCAGCAGCCUGCAGCCGCACACCAGCCUGGCCCUCAUGGAGGCACACAUACGCAAGCUCAAGGAGAUGCAGAAAACCUUCACCAGCUACAAGGCCCAGAUGAUCUCCAUCAAUCUGAUUGGCCGGGAGCUGCUGGGUGGGCGGGACCUGCAGAGCACAGCCAGUGACGAGCUGAAGGAGCUGCAUGAGAAUCUGAGAUUGACCAAUCAGAAGUGGGCUCAGGCCUGCGCCGCCCUCGACCGCUGGGAGAGCCGCCUGCACAAAGCUCUGAUGCAGUGCCAGGAGUUCCAUGAGAGUCUGCACUCAAUGCUGCUGUGGCUGGCACAGGUGGAGAAACGCCGCUUCAACAUCAACAUCCACGACCACACGCUCCACCGGGGGGCGCUAGAGGCCCACCAACACACACUCAAGAGUGUGGAGGCGGCGCUGCGUGCGCGUCAGCAGGAGGUGCGCCCCCUGGUGGCGGUGUGUGGUGAGCUGCUGCUGCAGGCGGAGGGUGAGGAGAGCGUUGAGGCGCGCGAGAAGCUGCACGUCGUCUCCAACAAGCUCCGCCUCCUGCUCCGCCACACCCAGCACGACCUCACCGUGCUGCACACACGCCUGGAGGCGUGUACGCUGGGCAGUAGUGUGGACCCUCAGGAGGAGCAGGCAGGAGGCGCUUCCCCCCAGAGCAAGGCGGUGGAAGGACAGAGUGCAUUAGACAGAGGACUUUCUGCAAGCACCAGCAGUGAGAAGGCGUCGUGCUGGUCGUCUCGGCCGCUGCUGCAGCGUGUGUUGCGGGCCGCUCUACCUGUGCACCUGCUGUUCCUGCUGCUGCUGGUGCUCACCUGUCUGGUGCCGCUGUCCCAGGACGACUACAGCUGCGCCCUCACCAACAACUUCGCCCGCUCCUUCUACCCCAUGCUCCGCUACACCAACGGACCCCCGCCCACCUGAUACACACACACACACACACACACACACACACACACACACACACACACACACGACUACAGCUGCGCCCUCACCAACAACUUCGCCCGCUCCUUCUACCCCAUGCUGCGCUACACCAACGGACCCCCGCCCACCUGAUACACACACACACACACACACACACACACACGACUACAGCUGCCCCCCAGACUUCUGGGCCUCUGGACGGUGUAGAGCUUUAGAGGGUCUGGGGGUUUGGGGCGUUUGGGGCG